CCUUCUCGCUCCAGCGCCGGGGGGGCGCGCUCGCUCGCUCGGAGCCUCCUUCCCCAUGGUGCAGCUGCUAGCGCUGGUGUGGCGAAGGCUGCUGCGCAAGCGGUGGGGCCUGGGCAUCGUCUUCGGCCUCUCCCUCAUCAACUUCCUUAGCAGAACCUUCAAGCAGGAAGAGAGAGCACUGCGGGAUCGGAAUUUUCCCCAAGCUCAAGACGAAGACCGCCCAAUUGCCUGGAAAGUGCAGUUCAGCUUGGGAAACAGCAGCCAGCCGAAUAACCAGUGUCGAAACUCUGUCCAAGGAAAACUGCUGAUCACGGAUGAGUUGGGCUACAUCUGCGAAAGGAAGGACCUGCUGGUGAAUGGGUGUUGCAACGUGGAGGCGCCCAGUGUCAAGUUGUACAGUUGUGAUAGUUGCCUGCCUAGUGGAUGUUGCAGCAUCUAUGAGGCCUGUGUGUCCUGCUGCUUACAGCCCAACAAGCAACAGCUCCUUGAACAUUUUCUCAACCGAGCGGCGAUGGCCUUCCGGAAUCUCUUCAUGGCCGUGGAAGAUCACUUUGAGCUCUGCCUGGCCAAGUGCAGGACCUCAUCCCAGAGCGUGCAGCAUGAAAACACCUACCGCAACCCCAUUGCAAAAUAUUGCUAUGGUGAAUACCCCCCAGAUCUUCUGUCUGUGUGAAAGUGCUCGAGAAACUGGCAAGGACGUCAGAUGAGAGCUGCAGCGUGGCAGAGAGAGAACUUUGCAAUCAACUGGCCUGGUUCCUUGGAUUAAGAAUGGUUUCAUUCUGCAGCCUCCAACUCCAGCUUCUGGAAGAACUUCCCCUGCAUUGUUAAACCUGUGGCCAUGUCCCUUCGGUUGAAAUGCAGAGCAAAAUGGGUGGAAAUCUUCUAAUAGCUGGACUCCAAGGACUACCUCCAAGAUCCAGGGUUUGCAUCAAGGGCCCAGGUGAAAUCUGGACACAGAAAGUGCCUAAUCGGUAUUGGUCAUGUGGGACCACUUGCAGAUCAAGGAAGCUAUCAGAGAAGUGAAGAGUGCCAGAUUCCUGGGAGUGGCCCCUACAGAUCUGUGUCCUUGAUAGAAACUGCUGUUUGUAAAUAUGGAAAAGUUAUUGAGGCAAGGAGGAGACACUUGUAUUAGACAAACAGGUAUUGUGCAUUCUGCACACUGUAUGGACCUCGGCUCUCAUCUACGGUAAACACAAGGAAGUGCCAACUGUGGAUUCAUUUUUCCAGCUUUCUGAUUCAACUUGCCCUGUAUGAGUGAGUGCCAGUCGCUUGCCAGUGCAGGAUGGGCAAGCGGGAACAUAUGUUCCUGGCCUUUUCUAGCACUGACAGUGGAGACAAGAAGAUUCUCAGCAAAAGGAGACACUGGAGCAUCACAAGGAGAGAUGACAAUGGGUGAUGCCUUGGGCAGGAGGCAAAGCAUCAUCAUCUCUGUCCAUGGAACAGGCCGAUCCCUUUUAGAAAUAUUUUUUUGGGGUUUCCUUAGCAGCUUUGGAUGUAUUUGAUUUGGAAUUUGAACGUGGGCGUGAUACUCAAGCAGUAAGUGAAGGUGGGGGAAUGAACAACUCCUGUUAAGUCCAUCUCAUCUUGCUCUAGAUGGGCUACUUGGCACCCUCAGACUCAUGAUGGAACCAUUCGCUCAGGCAGCUGCAGCAUGGAAAGAUGCAGAAUUUAUCAUCGUUUCCCACCAAAAUUAAUUUUCCACUAUAGCACAGCAAUCUAAAUAUGCUUGUACCUAAACUCCAAUUGUUCUCCUCUUUUUCAGUUAAGGAAACGGUACUGCAAGGAAGGUCCUUUCUGGAAGGGAGGAAAGAGGUAAAAUCUCUUAGCUCAGUGUUGUCCAAACUUGGCCACUUUAAGAUGAGUGGACUUCA